AUGAUGGAGCUCAAGACCGUUCUAAUUCUCACUGCCAUAUACAUUGCCACCAUGUCUCACGGAAAGGUCACCGAGAUUGACAACCAAGUCAUCUUCAAAGCCCUCACCUCCUCCGGCCCCGUCGUGGUUGACUUCUUUGCCACCUGGUGUGGACCCUGCAAGGCCGUCGCUCCCAUUGUCGGCAAGCUGAGUGAGCAGUACCAAAAUGUUCGUUUUAUCCAGGUGGACGUGGACAAGCUGCAAAGUGUCGCGCGGGAACUGGGUGUGAAUGCUAUGCCCACCUUUGUGGUGUUUAAGGAUGGCAAGGAGGUCAACCGCGUUGUUGGUGGUGACAUGAAGAAACUCGAGGCGCAGAUUAAGGAGAUCUCCGCAUAG